AUGAGGAGAUCCAGCUGGCAGUUCCCUUGGUUGGGCUCCAAGGGGACGCCAGGUGCGGUGCCAGAGGAGUUUCACUCCGUUACCAGACCAGCACAUUACCGAGACCUGAAACCGGGUGUUAUCUCACACUUCCGGCCGCUGCGCCGCCUGCCCGUUGAAGCCCGUGAGCUAUCGUUUGAUCCGGUUCCUCUCCUGUCACUCUUCACUGCCCGCACGGCUGCCGGAAUAAGAUCGGGGCGGCCCCUCCGAGCAGCUCGAAAACAGUCACUUGCAAAUGAGCUCGAUUUCCAUUGUGCCAGGGCUCCAAGUACACCAAAGGUGACGAUUACUCCCCCAUCCCUGGAAAACCUUGGGAAUUCCACCUCCAUCACUUUGUCGUGCCUAGUCAGCGAUUUUUUCCCGAUAAAGAUAAACAUAACAUGGGUGGAGAAUGGAACCCAGUUAAAACUAGGAAGGCAAUCUGGGACUGUCACAACAGAGAGCAAAACGUACACUGUAAUGAGCCAGUUAGAUGCCACACUCCUAGACUGGGAAAGCAACUCUGUGUACACCUGUAAGGCCACCCACAACAACAUAGAGCGGACUGACAACAUCAGCAUGUGCAAAGUGCUUCAGAGUUCCCCUAAGAAUGCGGCGGUGUUCCUCAUUGGACCCUCAAUCCAAGACAUUUCUGAGCAGAGACCACUCAAUGCGACAUGUCUAGUGACUGGCUACAACCUGAAGGCAUUUUCCAUUACCUGGAAGAUAGAUGGGAAAAAGCAGACUGCCAAGAUAAAGACAGAAAAUCCUAUAACAAACCCCAAUGGGACAGAGACUAUGAGGAGCAUUCUGGAGUUGACAGAAUACACGUGGAACAAACUCAAGCUUGUCUCUUGUGAAGUGAAGCACGCUUGUGCAGAAAAACCACAGAUAGCAGAAACCGAAAGAACAGAUCCCAGGCCACCAACAGUGGAGGUGAGAAGGUCACUCCGAGAUUACCUGAGAACAGACGGAGCAGAGCUGGAGUGUCUCCUCAUUGGUUUCUUUCCAAGCAACAUCUAUGUAAAGUGGCAAGCAGAUAACAGAGAUGUGCCCAAUGACCAGUACAUGAACGAGCCAGUUACCAGUGAUGGAGGAAAGACCAAUUUCUCAAUGGUCAGCAGAAUAUUCAUCCAGAGAAAUAAGUGGCCAAAUCUGAAAUCCUACAAGUGUGUAUUUAACCAAGGCAAUGGAGAAAGGAAGUUUCCAGAAAAUGACAAAGUCCUUCCUGGUCUUACAGAUGUACCCACAGUCGAACUCCUGCUAUCCCCAAGUAAAAACCAAUCUGAGAACAGCCCCCAGCAUCUGGUCUGCUCGGCAUCCGGGUUCAGUCCAACAAUCAGGUGGUAUGGUCCAUAUCAACCGAAGACGAGCACAACUGAGAGAAGAGCAAUGGGAUCCGACGGUCGCUUCAGUGUAAUUAGUGAGCUGGAGAUACCCAGGAGCGAGUGGGACCGAGGAGAUGUUUACCAGUGUGAAGUGGAGGACCCAUUUCUUCCAAAUGGCAUCAAAAAUAACAUCAGUAGCUGUUCAGUGUUCCAGAGUUCCCCUAAGAAUGCAGCGGUGUUCCUCAUUGGACCCUCAGUCCAAGACAUUUCUGAGCAGAGACCACUCAAUGCAACGUGUCUAGUGACUGGCUACAACCUGAAGGCAUUUUCCAUUACCUGGAAGAUAGAUGGGAAAAAGCAGACUGCCAAGAUAAAGACAGAAAAGCAUCUAACGAACCUCAAUGGGACAGAGACGAUGAGGAGCAUUAUGGAGUUGACAGAAGACAUGUGGAACAAACUCAAGCUUGUCUCUUGUGAAGUGAAGCACCCUUGUAUAGACAAACCACAGACAGCAGAAAUCAAAAGAACAGUUCCCAGGCCACCCACAGUGGUGGUGAGAAGGUCACCCAGAGAUUACCUGAGAACAGACGGAGCAGAGCUGGAGUGUCUCCUCACUGGUUUCUUUCCAAGAGACAUCUAUGUGAAGUGGCAAGCAGAUAACAGAGAUGUGCCCAAUGACCAGUACAUGAACGAGCCAGUUACAAGUAAUGGAGGAAAGACCAAUUUCUCAAUGGUCAGCAGAAUAUUCAUCCAGAGAAAUAAAUGGCCAAAUCUGAAAUCCUACAAGUGUGUAUUUAACCAAGGAAAUGGAGCCAAGACGUUUCCGGAAAAAUAUACAGUUCUCACUGGUGAACCCACUGUCAAACUCCUGCUAUCUCCAACUGAAAGCAAAUCUGAGAACACCCCCCAGAAUCUGGUCUGUUCUGUAUCCGGGUUCAGCCCAACAAUCAAGUGGAGUAGUCAAGAUCAACCGAGGAAGAGCAAAACUGAAAGAAGAGCAAUGGGAUCAGAUGGUCGCUUCAUCGUAACUAGUGAACUGGAGGUACCCAGGGGCGAGUGGGACAGAGGAGAUGUCUUCCAGUGUGAAGUGGAGGACCCAUUUCUUCCAAAUGGCAUCAAACAUAACAUCAGUAGAUGUUCAGUGCUUCAGAGUUCCCCAAAGAAUGCAGCGGUGUUCCUCAUUGGACCCUCAAUCCAAGACAUUUCUGAGCAGAGACCACUCAAUGCGACAUGUCUAGUGACUGGCUACAACCUGAAGGCAUUUUCCAUUACCUGGAAGAUAGAUCGGAAAAAACAGACUGACAAGAUAAGGACAGAAAUUACACUAAAGAACCCCAAUGGGACAGAGACUAUGAGGAGCAUUAUGGAGUUGACAGAAUACACGUGGAACAAACUCAAGCUUGUCUCUUGUGAAGUGAAGCACCCUUGUAUAGACAAACCACAGACAGCAGAAACCAAAAGAACAGAUCCCAAACAACCCACAGUGGUGGUGAGAAGGUCACCACGAGACAACCCGGGUUCAGACAGAGCAGAACUGGAAUGCUUGCUGACUGGCUUCUCUCCCAGUGACAUCUACGUGAAGUGGCAAGUAAAAAACGUGGAUGUGCCCGAGAGCCAGUAUAUGAACGAGCCCGUUAUCAGCGAGAAUGGAAAGACACGUUUCUCGAUGGUCAGCAGAAUCUACAUCCAUGAAAAUCAGUGGUCCCAUCUGAAAUCUUACAAGUGUGUAGUUAACCAAGGCAAUGGAGCCCAGCAAUUUCCUGAAAGUGAUGCAAAUCUCACUGCUCUUAUAGGUACGCCCACAGUCAAAAUCCUGCUAUCCCCAAGUGAAAGCAAGUCUGAGAACAGCCCCCAGAAUCUGGUCUGUUCUGUGUCCGGGUUCAGCCCGACAAUCAAGUGGAGUAGUCAAAAUCAACCGAAGAGGAGCACAACCGAAAGAAGAGCGAUGGGAUCGGACGGUCGCUUCAUCAUAACUAGUGAGCUGGAGGUACCCAGGAGCGAGUGGGACCGGGGAGAUGUUUUCCAGUGUGAAGUGGAGGACCCAACUCAUCCAAAAGCCAUCAAAGGGAAUAUCAGUAGAUGUUCAGUUUUCCGGAACACCCCCGUGAAGGCAGAGGUAUUCAUCUCCGGGCCCUCAUUUCGGGAGAGUUCUCAGCAGAAAGACUUGACAGUUACGUGUCUGGUGAUUGGCUACAACUUGAAGGACUUCUCCAUCAGCUGGACAGUCAGCGGAUCCCUCAGCACCAGUAGUGGCAAGACACAACCGGUGGUCAAUACCAAUGGGACAGAGUCCAUGAACAGCUCUUUGAUGGUGAAGGCAGAAGAAUGGAACACAUACAAGCAAAUCACUUGUGAAGUGAGCCACCCUUGUUCAGACCAGACACAGAAACUGCAAAUUGCAAAAUUCAAAGAUCCCAAACAGCCUACAAUUCAGAUCUUCGAACCUUCCGAAUCUGACCUGCAAAAUUCAGACAAGGCCAUUCUAGUGUGUCUGGUAUCUGGGUUCUUCCCAGCUGAGAUCUUUGUGAAGUGGAAACUGAACGGUACAGAGCUCUCGACAUCUCUGUACACCAACAGCCCUGCAACAAAAGAUCCCCAGCACAACACAUACUCCAUGGACAGCAAACUUCAAAUCCCCAAGUCCGACUGGUAUAAAGGCUUGUACGCUUGUGACGUCUCGCACGAGUCUUCAUCAAAGCCGAUUGUGGGCUCCGCCGACAAUGUAUUUGUCUCCGUGAUUUCGUCUCCUCCGAAAGCAAAACUCCUGCGCUCUUCCAGUGAACUUGUCUGCCUGGUGUACGACUUCAGUCCUAAAGCCAUCGACAUCAUGUGGCUUUUAAACAAGGACCCGGCCCCUCAGAACCACACAAACAGUGAGCCAGCCAGAAGAAGUGACGGGAAAUUCACCAGCCGGAGCACUCUUCACAUUCCUGAUGGAGAAUGGGCCCCAGGAAUGGUUUUCACCUGCAAGAUCGUCCAUGAAGCCUCCAAAACACAUCUCCUGCACAAUAUUAGCAAGCUAGACAUCAUCAAAGAGCAGGACUACUUUGAUGAGAAUGCACACAUCUUAAUCCCCGAGGAAGAUGUGCAGCAGAUCUGGACCACUGCCUAUACAUUCAUCUUCCUCUUCCUCGUCUCCUUCAUCUACAGCAGCAUUGUCACCAUGGUGAAGGUGAGGGUGAUCCAUCUUAUAUUCAUUUAA